AAAAUGGCGGCGUUAAGCAGCGCCGAGUCUCCAUCUCCCGUCUUCAACGGAGACGCCACGGAGCGGGAGCCGGGAAGGGAGAGCGGUCUGGAGGAGCUGGGUCCGGGUCUGGACUCCUCUUGCUCGUCGGGGAUUCCCGGAGGUCCGCAGGAUGAGGAGAUCUGGAACAUCAAACAAAUGAUAAAGCUGACACAGGAACACUUGGAGGCAUUACUGGAGAAAUUUGGAGGAGAGCACAACCCUCCCUCCAUAUAUUUGGAGGCAUAUGAAGAGUACACAAGUAAACUGGACGCCCUACAACAGAGAGAACAGCAGCUGCUGGAGGCCAUGGGCAAUGGCACAGAGCUCUCCUGCACCAGUUCUUCUAUGCCAGGCCUGUUGGAGGUGAAGAUUGGUGGAGGUGGAACUGCCCCCAACACGUUAGCAGUCCUGCAAACCCCCACCGAUACUGGACGGGCUUAUCCACGCUCCCCCCAGAAGCCAAUUGUCCGUGUGUUCCUGCCAAACAAACAGAGAACAGUGGUUCCAGCCCGCUGUGGCCUAACUGUGAGAGACUCAUUGAAGAAAGCGCUGAUGAUGCGUGGACUCAUCCCAGAGUGCUGUGCUGUCUAUAGAAUACAAGAUGGAGAGAAGAAGCCUAUUGGCUGGGACACAGACAUCUCCUGGCUGACUGGAGAGGAGCUCCAUGUGGAAGUGUUGGAGAAUGUGCCGCUCACCACACAUAACUUUGUGAGGAAGACCUUCUUCACCUUGGCCUUCUGUGAUUUCUGCAGAAAGCUGCUCUUCCAGGGUUUUCGCUGUCAGACCUGUGGCUACAAGUUCCACCAGCGCUGCAGCACAGAGGUUCCUCUCAUGUGUGUCAACUAUGACCAGCUAGACUUGUUGCUUGUAUCAAAGUUUUUUGAACAUCACCCGUUCAGCCAAGAAGAGGUCUCCUCUGAGGGAACAACUCCUGUGUCUGAGCUCUGUCAAUCUCUUCCCCCAUCAGACUCCACUGGGUCUAUAUACCACACUACAGUGUCUCCGUCUAAGUCUAUCCCCAUCCCAACUAGUUUUCGGACCAGUGAGGAGGACCACCGUAACCAGUUUGGUCAGCGAGAUCGUUCAUCCUCUGCUCCCAAUGUUCAUAUCAACACCAUUGAGCCUGUCAACAUUGAUGACCUUAUUCGUGAUCAGGGCUUGCAGAGGUCAGAUGGAGGCUCCACCACAGGGCUUUCUGCCACACCUCCAGCGUCUCUUCCUGGUUCAUUGACCAAUGUCAAAGCGCCACAGAAGUCACCAUGCCAACAAAGGGAGCGCAAGUCCUCCUCUUCAUCUGAGGAUCGCAAUAAAAUGAAAACCUUGGGUAGAAGGGACUCCAGUGAUGAUUGGGAAAUCCCAGAAGGUCAAAUCACCCUGGGUCAGAGGAUAGGUUCUGGAUCCUUUGGAACCGUCUAUAAAGGAAAAUGGCAUGGUGAUGUGGCGGUGAAAAUGCUGAACGUCACAGCUCCCACUCCACAGCAGCUGCAGGCCUUCAAGAAUGAAGUGGGAGUCCUCAGGAAAACACGUCAUGUGAACAUCUUGCUGUUUAUGGGCUACACAACCAAGCCCCAGCUGGCAAUUGUGACCCAGUGGUGUGAAGGCUCCAGUCUGUACCACCACCUGCACAUCAUCGAGACCAAAUUUGAGAUGAUCAAGCUGAUUGACAUUGCUCGACAGACAGCUCAGGGCAUGGAUUACCUGCACGCCAAAUCCAUCAUUCACAGAGACUUGAAGAGCAACAAUAUUUUCCUCCAUGAGGAUCUCACUGUAAAAAUUGGUGACUUUGGUCUAGCUACAGUCAAGUCUCGUUGGAGUGGCUCCCACCAGUUUGAGCAACUGUCUGGUUCAAUACUUUGGAUGGCUCCAGAGGUGAUAAGGUUGCAGGACAAGAAUCCCUACAGCUUCCAGUCUGACGUGUAUGCUUUUGGCAUAGUACUUUAUGAGCUCAUGUCAGGAGCUCUGCCCUACUCCAACAUUAACAACAGAGACCAGAUUAUCUUUAUGGUGGGACGAGGUUACCUUUCUCCAGACCUGAGCAAGGUUCGCAGCAACUGUCCUAAAGCCAUGAAGAGACUGAUGGCAGAGUGCUUGAAGAAAAAGAGAGAAGAGCGACCUCUCUUCCCCCAGAUUUUGGCAUCUAUUGAACUGCUGGCUCGUUCGUUACCCAAAAUCCACCGCAGCGCUUCAGAGCCUUCCUUAAACCGAGCUGGCUUUCAGACGGAAGACUUCAGUCUUUACUCCUGCGCCUCACCUAAAACCCCCAUUCAAGCUGGAGGAUAUGGGGAAUUUUCUGCAUUUAAGUAAUUACAGCCAGCACAGAAGCCCGUCUCUCAUCACCUCUCAAACGUGUUGUGUUCUUGCGGUGGAUUCAUCAAUUCUUGGGAAUUAAUAGAAAAACAAGCCCUGAAAUCCAGUCUGAAAGAGUAUGCUGUUUUCUUUCUUUCACCACCCUGAAGCAGGAUGCCUUCACCAUAUUCCCGUUCACAACAAAAGGAAGGUCAAACAAGGGAUUGAAGGAAAAACAAGAUGCAAGAUUUCGGGAUAAAAAUGCUUUUAGUUGAAAGCUGUGGACUAAAUCUACUGGUAUGUAUGUUUGAAGCAAAGCCAGUUGCUGGAAUAGUAGUCCUGGCAAGUUAAUUGCAUUUUGAUGGACAGCAGAACCACGCCAGUUGAGGAGACCUCUUGUCUUUCAUUAGUCCCUGAAAGAAGCUGAAGUUAUUCCUGUAGGAUGUUGACAUGAACAAUCUUUUUCACUUCUCACCCUUUCAUAUUUUUGCUAGCUGAUGCUUAGAAUGCAGAGUGAAAGGCUAUUUUAGAGGAAAGGGUUUCAUCAGAGUUGUGUUGCAGACUGUCUUGUUUCUUUGAGCCCUUUGUGAUGUUAAUUCUGGAGGGGGGAAAAAGAAAAAACAAACAAAAAAAGCAGUUUUGCCCUAAUCUUUGGACUAACCAAUGUUCAGAGAAAUGAUAAAGAACAGAAGCUUACAUCUGAAAGUUUCUUAAUUAAUGAAGAAUUUCAAACUCCCCUGAGAGGUGCGCUUUUUUCCGCACAUUUCAGGUGGUAUUUCCAUUGCUCAAACUUGUUUUUCAACAACAAAUGCUUUGUAUAUUUUUGUUUUAUUAUCUAUAGACAGUUUUCAUUCUGCCCUUUAUUUGACUUUGGAAUUUUCUAACUGGAGUUAUCUCAAACAAUCUGGAGCCCACCAACUGAACAUGAAGAGAUUUUUUGUUAUUGGAAGAAAUGACGUGCUGGUUUUGAACCAUCUUUAAGAUCUAAGCUGUAGAAGCUUUUUCACACAGUCGCUGUGACCAAAUUGUCCACUUGUUCAUUAUAGUAUGCUAUAUUGGCCUUUGUGGGUUUUCUAAUACUCUGAAUCAGAGGGUUUGUAAGAUUGAUAGAAAAUUAUGCUAAAAAAAACUGCAAUACUUUUGUUUUCAAGUCUUAACAGUACACUAGAUCCCAAAAUAAAAUGGAGAGGUUGAUGGAGUGAAUAAACAUUAAAAAAAAUUAACAUUUUGAAUGCUAGUCCAUGGACAGUUCUCAUGGCUUCUUUGGGCUUCCAGGUUGUUUUCCACAAUCUGUUCGGAAAAUGUUUUCUUUGCUUGCCAUCAUAAUUUCCUUUAUUGAAUAAGCAGCUUUAAAGUUGCUCUCACUUAAAAUGAGGAUGCAACUUUUUGCUGUCGCUGAGUGAUGGCCAGGGGUACUGCCCACUGAAUGAUCCAGACCUCUUAGGCUACGUUCACACUGCAGGUCUAGAUGCUCAAUUCCGAUUUUCUGCUGGAAUCAGAUUUAUUUAUUUUUUUUUUUUGAGGUGGCCGCUCAUAAUACUAUUAAAUGUGACCGCCAUCAUUCUGCUGUCUGAACGGUUCAAGACCGCAAAGCGACCCGCAUGCACAGGUAACAGGCGUCACCAUUAUUUACGGAAAUAAUGGUGAAUGUAAUUGUUUCUAGAAGUGUCCAAUAAAGUUUUGUUUAACAUACCUUGGGGGAAAAACGCAGAUAGCAGCCAGGAUCUCUCCUUAUUAGAAAGCUGUUGAGCAACGCAGCACAGCUGUUAACGGUCUUUUAUGGAGCGCUAGCUGCUCCUGCUGUGUGCGGAUGUGUCGUCAGAACCUGGAGAGUGGCGUGAAAGAUGGAUAAAAUGCGACAUGACCAGUCAGACAGAAAGUCAGGAAAAAAUCUGAUGCGUAUCCAAAUUAGUACCACAUUUGGAAGUGGCACAAAUCGGAUUUUGUUAGGGGUGAACAGAUCGAAAUUGGGCCAAUCACGCUGCUGUGAAAAAGACAUAUGGAUUGCACAUGGGCUAAAGGAUUGGAUUUGGGUUGCAUUUCCCUGCAGUGUGAACGUAGCCUCGGAGGUUUUGAUGGCCCUGAAGUCUGGAAGCUUUCUUUCUGUGACAUUUUAAUUUUCUUUUAACAACGUUACAUCUUUCAUUUCAUUUUGUGUUAAGAAUUGAAGUUGUUUAUAUUGGUUCCUUGAAUUGUGUUAUUAUUUGCCUUCUACUGUACAGGCAGGCCUGGAGAUUUUGACAUAUUUAUGAGUUACCUUUUGUUUAUGAAGGAUUUAUGUCCAGAAUAGUUGAUUUAGAACUAUUACUUUCUAUUAAUGCUUGUUUUUGUCAUUGUGACCUGUAAACUCACACUUUGAAGAGUGAUUAAGCAAUUGGCCCACCCUUUUUUUUUUCACCUGAAGAAGGACUUACAAGCUAGAAAGCAGAUGACUCUUUAUUUAAGUGCCACUUAGAGUCAUCCCCUGGA